AUUGAUGGACCGAUCUGAAGAAGAUGGACUUUGAUGAAGCCACUUCCUAUACACUGAUUAGUCUGAUGAGGUUUUUUGUUUUCUAACUUCAUUUUAUGUCUGAUAUCAACCUACGGUUACGGACUCCUUGCAAUUUGAAGGUCUGUUACAUUUAAGAAAGGGGGCCGGCACUUUUUGCUAAACAUGCCAUGGAUGUGCACAUGGCGGAACAUUAGUAGACCAGCUCUGUCUUUGAAUUGAUGCUCUAAUUAAUUAAGACAUUAAACCCACCUCAGCUUUUUUAACAGGGACAAUGGCAGCGGUAACGAGUCCGGAAACGACACCUCAACCCCGGGUCUAUUUUCAAACACCACCCGGUACCGAAGAAGAAGUGCCACAGAAGCAAGGGCGCGUGACUGUCAAAUAUGACAGAAAAGAAUUAAGGAGGCGGCUGAAUUUGGAAGAGUGGAUAGUUAGCCAGUUGAUGAAUCUAUACGACUGUGAGGAGGAUGAAGUUCCUGAGCUGGAAAUAGAUGUGGAUGAGCUGUUGGAUCUUUCCAGCGAUGUGGAGAGAGCCAUUCGAGUGAAGAUGCUGCUGGUUGACUGUUACAAACCUAAUGAUGACUUUGUGGCGGCACUGCUGGAGAAAGUUCGAGGUAUGCAGAAACUCAGCACUCCCCAGAAGAAGGGUGAGCUGACACCAUGAGGUCAAACCAUCUCACCCCACCAUAAAACAAAUCUGUUACUCCAAACUCAGAGGAGAGAUGCAGGCAUACAGACCCAACCACAAUACCACAAUGUCUGUCAAACAGAGAUAAACGAUAGGAGCCCAGCCAAGCCAAUCUCAGCUGCAGGUUGACCAACCCAACUGUUUUAAUUUGUUUUAGUACUGUUUCAGCAUAUAUUAUGUGUAGAGUGUGUGCUAGUGUCCCUUUAGCUUAAACUUCCUAUAGUGAUUUAGAGAAACGAAUCAAAUGUUGUGGAAUGGUUGAUGUUACAGUUCACUAAUACACUUUUCUCUGAGCCACAUGGCUUGAUGUAUUUGUAGUGGAGUAGAAAUUUAGAACAAAGCAGAAUUCCCCCCCCCCCUUUUUUUUCAGUCUUACUGCUGUUGUCUUUCAUAAGAGCAAAGCUGAAAAUGAUGGCGUUUGUUUUAGAUAGGGUGUCAGAUAUUAGUGUUGCCAAAGUAGGAUGGGCGGAUGGGGGCACAAAUUGUUUUGUAAGCCAUUUUUAAUCUUCCAUUUUUUAGGAAAACAUGUUUGUGCUUGGUACUAUUGCUUUUAAGAAUCAUUUGGCCAAGCAAUUUAACAGCAUUAAUUAGUUCAAUGGAGUGAA